AUAAAGGGAGAUUUUUAUUAUUGUUAUUAUUUAUUUAUUUAUUUAUCCCUCCCCCACCAAGUCCAGGCUGGUGAUCCAGCUUGGUAUCCUUGGGAUGGCAUAGAGAGCAGGGCAGCGACUGCCAGGGAUGCACGGGCUGCUUUGUAGGAGCCGGCACUCGAGGGAGCUGCCGGGGGCAAGCUUAUUCCAUGUCGGAGCAGCAUCUCCCUGCGCCACCUGGUCUUCCUGCACCCUGGAGAGUGGAGAAGAGGAAAGGGAAGCUUUGCAGAGAGCAGCUUAAGCAACGGAAAAGGUGACCAUGAUGUUGCCCCAUGGGAAACACUGGAGGUCCAUGUGUAAGGGGCUUGUCCUGGGAACACUUCUGACCAGCUUCAUGCUACUGCUCUACUCCUAUGCCAUCCCACCCCUGCAAGUCAGCCUGACAGAGAUCCCUAUCCCCUAUUCCUGCUCCUCCUACCCAGCCCAGGCCAAGGUGCUAGCAGAGGCAAAUGGCACACGCAGCUCUCCAGGACAAGGUUGCCUGCCCAAGAUGGACAUUAUGUUCAUGAAGACACACAAGACAGCCAGCAGCACCAUCCUCAACAUCCUCUUCCGCUUCGGAGAGAAGCAUCGCCUCAAAUUCGCCUUCCCCAAUGGCCGCAAUGACUUCUACUAUCCCUCGUACUUUGAGCGGAGCCAGGUGCAGCACUACCAGCCAGGUAUGUGCUUCAACAUCAUCUGCAAUCACAUGCGCUUCCACUAUGACGAGGUGCGCAAGCUUCUGCCAGCUGACACCAUCUUCUUAACAGUACUGCGGGACCCUGCCUACCUCUUUGAGUCCUCUUUCCACUACUUUGGGCGAGUCAUCCCCCUCACCUGGAAGCUAACAGGGGAGGACAAGCUAGCAGAGUUCCUCCGGGAUCCCUGGCAUUACUAUGAUCCUAAUGGGUUCAACGCUCACUACCUCCAGAACCUCCUUUUUUUUGACUUGGGCUAUGACAACAACAUGAAUGCCAAUAGCCCACUUGUGGAGCAGUACUUCCAAGAGAUAGAUCAGCGCUUCCACCUUGUCAUGUUACUUGAGUACUUUGAUGAGUCCCUGGUGCUGCUGAAGGACCUGCUCUGCUGGGAGCUGGAAGACAUCCUCUACUUCAAGCUCAAUGCCAGGAAGGGCUCCACUGUCUCCAGGCUGACACCUGAGCUCUAUGAGAAGGCUACUUCCUGGAACCUAAUCGAUGCCAAACUCUAUCGCUAUUUUAAUGCCACUUUCUGGCAUAAGGUGGAUAUCUAUGGGAGGGAGCGAAUGGCAAAGGAUGUGGCUGAGCUGCAGCGAGAGAAUGAGAAGAUGAAAAGUAUCUGCAUUGAUGGGGGUCACCCCGUGGAUGCCAGUGCCAUCCAGGAGUCCUCCAUGCAGCCUUGGCAGCCACUGGGUGAGAAGUCCAUCCUGGGCUACAAUUUGAAGAAGAAGAUCAACAAGAAGCACCGGAAGCUAUGCCGCAAGAUGCUGACACCUGAAAUCCAGUACCUGACUGACCUAGGGGUCAACCUCUGGAUCACCAAGCUAUGGAGCCGUGUGCGAGACUUCCUGAAGUGGUAGGCAGGGAAAGGCAACCAGCCUUUUCCCUCCUUACCCAAGGAAAGAACCAGGUGCUUUCAUUUUUCUUACUUCAUGAUAUCUUUUGGUUGGACAUAAGCAGAACUGGCUUGAGGCUCCUGCAGGGAAUGCAGUCCUCCUCCCUGAAGACCUGGGCACUCAAGCAAGGUUUUGAUCUUGCAUGGACCUCUGUGUCCUUCAUUUGGAGCCCCACUUGGACAGGGGCCUGGAAAGGGUCUGCUGCUUGUCCUUGUGGCUGCCCACCACCCCCUUGCUGGCUCAGCCUCCUUGGCUGGGUGCUCCCAGCAGGGAGGGUGGACCGGAGCAGAGGAAGAGCCCAUGGAGCACCACUGCGGCAGGCUGCGUGUCACACCCAUGACCUGUAGCACCCAUGGGCAGGCCUUG